CUCAGCAGCAGGGGGCGUGCGUUGAGCCAUGGAAGGAGAAGUGAACGCACACAAGCUUUCACUGUUUCAGGAAUCCGGUAUAUACUUGUUGGACGAUUCAAACGCCGUUUUCAUGGACCCCGUCCGCGUUCUGAAUCGCUUCUACCACCGCUUCAGCGUUUCUCCUUCCACCUACUAUUCCCGCUCUUUCAAAUCCCCAACCCCCUCCACCGAGCCAAAACGGAAACGGAAACGGAAAUCCGAAGAGCCUCCACCUCUUAACGAUAGAGAACUAAUCGCUCUACAGCGUCACAAGGAUGCGAGGCCUUUGUUGUUGGCGGCACACGAGUGUUUGAUGAAGUCGAGUGAACUGUUGGAUGCUUUGAAAACUUUGAAGAGUGAAUCGACUAGGGUGUGCCUGGCUGGUCAACACUCUUUCGUUGACCUGGCACGGGUAGCGCCUCAACUUGAGGUAACGCUAAGUUUACGCGUCGGUGAUGCUGACACUGACGCUGACCCUCACCAACCCCAAAACGGUUCACAAGACUCGCCUAGUUUUCAGUGCUUUGAACAGAAGGUAUUCCCUGCAUUCAAUAAUUUGGUUGCUAAUGACACAAUGGAUGAUGCGGUGGCUGAAAUUUUGAACAAUCAAUAUAUAAUGCCUCGGGAGAGUUGCUUUUACAUGUCUGAUCUGGGACAGAUUCGCAAUCUAAUUCCUGCUCAUGCAGAUUCUGGUUUCAACCUCAUAAUUGUGGAUCCACCUUGGGAAAAUGCUAGUGCCCACCAGAAAUCUAGGUACCAAACCUUGCCCAACAGGUACUUUUUAUCCCUACCUAUUAAGCAACUCACUCACUCUGAAGGAGCACUUGUAGCCUUAUGGGUGACCAACAGAGAGAAGCUUCGUUGUUUUGUUGAGAACGAACUUUUUCCUGCCUGGGGAGUCAGCUAUGCUGCUAAUUUUUAUUGGUUAAAGGUGAAAGAAAAUGGAUCCUGGAUUUGUGAUUUAGAUCACUUCCAUCAUAGGCCAUACGAAUGCCUUAUCUUGGGAUAUAGUACUGGCAAGGUAAAUAAUACUGAUAAUCAAUCAAAAUUUAAACCUGUGAAAAAUGAUCGGGUGAUUAUGAGCAUUCCUGGGGAUUACUCAAGGAAACCCCCAAUUGCAGAUUUGUUACUGGAUCACGUUCCUGGGGUCAAACCUCCCCGAUGUAUAGAGUUAUUUGCUAGAGAAAUUAUGGGUGGAUGUGUUGCUUGGGGAAAUGAACCCCUCCACUUUCAAGAUUCUAAAUAUUUUUUCAAAAAGAUGGAUAAAUGAUUCUUGAGAAAAGAGAUCGCGUCAUUGGUAAUAAUCUAUGGUCAUGUCUGAAUUUUCAGAUUUCAGCUUCUAUUUUUAGCUCAUCCUUUUACUUGUUUUUGCUUUAGUAAUGUUGAAUUCUUCUGGCUGCCAACACAUUUUCCUUUUCUGUGGGUUAUACAUACUGAAGCUCUGUUUCGACUGUAGACUUUGCAAUGGCCGGAAUGGUUUCUCAUUUCUAGGACAUUUGACUUAUUGUUCAUUUUGGUUUCUAGGAGAACUUGAUGGGAUUUUGCUCAAAAGUUUAAUUUUCAAUUUAUCAUAGUGUAGUUUUUUCA